AUGCGGGUCUCUCUGUCUCUGUGCCUGAACCUGGCCCUCGUCUGCGCCACCGCUGCUGCGGGACCAGGCUGCCGACUCCGAGAAACGUUCCGUCUGAACGGGAUGUACCGGCCUGGGGACGUGGUUUUCGGGGGCCUGUUCGAGGUGCACUUUCUAACGGUGUUCCCUGAGCUGUCAUUUACAUCUGAACCAGACCAGCCGACUUGUGAACACUUCGACUUGGCAGGGUUCCAGGCAGCGCAGACCAUGGCCUUUGCCAUUGAGGAGAUAAACAGAGACCCCAAUCUGCUGCCCAAUGUCACUCUCGGUUUCCAUCUCUAUGACAACUGUGUGAAGCUGGCCGUGGCAUUCCGGGCAGCCACAGCACUGGUCAGUGGGACAGAGGAGUCAUUAUCGGACAUGGAGUGCACAGGAUCACCCCCGGUUCUGGGCAUUGUGGGUGAUCCAGGGUCAACCCACUCCAUCGCCAUUUCCAGAGUGCUGGGCCUGUUUCGCGUCCCCUUGGUGAGUUACUUUGCCACCUGCUCUUGCCUGAGCGACAGACAGUACCCCUCCUUCUUCAGAACCAUUCCCAGUGAUGCCUUCCAGGUCAGAGCUAUGGUCCAGAUUCUGCAGCGCUACAACUGGAGUUGGGUCGGGCUUAUCGUCAGUAAUGAUGACUACGGGCUUCACGCCGCCCGCUCGUUCCACUUGGAGGUCAGCCGUUUCGGCUGCGUGGCCUUCUCCGAGGUCCUGCCCCGAGACAACGACCGCACGGAGAUCUCUCGAAUCGUGGGGGUCAUCCGGCGCUCCACGGCACGGGUCAUUGUGGUCUUCUCCACUGAGGCAUAUCUGCUGCCCCUAACUGAGGAGAUAGUCGUGCAGAACCUGACCAGGCGGCAGUGGAUUGCCAGCGAGGCCUGGGCUACCUCACCUGUCUUUCACACACGCCAACUUCUCCCCUUCCUAGGAGGCACCCUGGGAAUUGCUAUCCGCCGGGGGGAGAUCCCGGGGCUCCGGGACUUCCUGCUCAGCAUUCGCCCUGACUUCGAUCCCGCCAACAACAUGGUCAACAUGUUCUGGGAGGAGGUAUUUGGCUGCAGCUUCAGUUCGGGGUCCCCUGGCAGGAUCUGCACCGGGCAGGAAAGCCUGGAGGGCAAGGAGACGGCGUACUCCGAUGUGUCAAAUCUCAGGCACUCUUAUAAUGUGUACAAAGCAGUUUACGCUCUGGCGCAUGCACUGAACGACCUUUUGAGCUGUGAGCCUGGGAAAGGACCCUUCCCGGGGCACAGCUGUGCUGAACUCCGCACCCUGAAGCCCUGGCAGCUGGUGCACUAUCUGGAAAGGGUUAACUUCACCACCAGUUUUGGUGACCGUGUGUCCUUCGAUGAGAACGGUGAUGCUCUGGCCAUCUACGAUGUGAUGAACUGGCAGAGGGCCCCAGAUGGGACUGUGAGAACUGUGACUGUCGGAGUCUUUGACGAAUCUGCUCCUUCCGGGAAGGAGCUCCAAUUGGACGAGGGAAACAUCUUUUGGAACUUUGAGUCCAAUAAACCCCCCCGCUCCAUCUGCAGCGAACCCUGCCCCCCUGGCACCAGGCGGGCGAGGAGGAAGGGUGAGCCAGUCUGCUGCUUCGACUGCCUUCCCUGUGCAGAAGGAGAGAUCAGCAACGAGACAGACUCCAGUGAGUGCUCCAAGUGCCCACCAGAUUUCUGGUCAAAUCCACUCAGAGACCGCUGCGUGCCCAAGCAAAUUGAAUUCCUCUCCUUCCAGGAGCCCCUGGGAAUCUCCCUCACGACCGUCUCACUGCUGGGGGCCUGCAUCUGCACGGGCGUGCUAUCUAUCUUUGUACGUCACAGGAACACACCAGUGGUUAAGGCCAACAACUCGGAGCUGAGCUUCCUGCUGCUGCUGUCACUCACCUUCUGCUUCCUGUGCUCACUGCUGUUCAUUGGCCGGCCACAGUUGUGGACCUGCCAGCUGAGGCAUGCGGCAUUCGGGAUCAGCUUCGUCCUAUGCAUUUCCUGUAUCUUGGUCAAGACAAUCGUGGUGGUGAUGGCCUUCAAGGCUGCGCGUCCGGAUGGGAAUGUGAUGAAGUGGUUUGGAGCAGCGCAGCAGAGGGGCACUGUGCUGGCCUUCACUGUCAUCCAGGCAGUGAUCUGCACAGUGUGGCUGACCACCGCGUCCCCAGCGCCAUACAAAAACACCCGCUACCAGAACUCCAAAAUUAUCUAUGAGUGUGCGGUGGGCUCCAUCGCCGGGUUCAGUGCUUUGCUCGGCUAUAUCGGCCUACUGGCGGCCAUCAGCUUCCUGUUGGCCUUCCUGGCAAGGAAUCUGCCAGAUAAUUUCAAUGAAGCCAAGUUCAUCACCUUCAGCAUGCUCAUCUUCUGCGCCGUCUGGAUUGCCUUUGUCCCCGCCUAUGUCAGCUCUCCAGGGAAGUACUCUGAUGCGGUAGAAAUCUUUGCCAUCUUGGCCUCAAGCUUUGGGCUCCUGGUAGCAAUAUUCGCACCAAAAUGCUAUAUCAUUCUGCUUCAUCCAGAGAGAAACACAAAGAAAGCGCUAAUGGGUCGUGGUGUUCCAAAAAAGUAGUGCUUGUUUUGACAAAAUCAUUGCUACUACUUUUGGUUAUUAUAGACUU